UAAAAUCUUAUAAGAUGCACUAGUGGUAGUCCCCAUCACCAUCACCAUCACCAUCGGCAUUUCUGAUAACACACUCGGCAAUUCUUCUUGAUAAUACUUGAACCAAUGAUGGCUCAAGGGCUCCCCCGGUUGCCAGUGGUGGUAGUCCUCAUGUUUUUGCCAUAUUUCUUUUCAUUGGACAUGGAUACAUUCAUUUUUGACUACUCUUCCAGGAAUCUUUCUGCUGUUCCCCCUAAUCUCUCCCUGUCGAUUCAAUACCUAGAUCUCGCUCAGAAUCGAAUUGGGACCUUAAAGAAAUAUGACUUCCAUACAACACCCAGGCUCUUUUUUCUCAACUUGUCCUGGAACAUUGUGGAAGAUAUACACCCAGAAACAUUUAUCUGCACUCCUCUUCUCACAACACUGGAUCUGUCCCACAACAGCCUAACAAAUUUGUCCCACCAACAAUACCUGGUGCAAGCGCAAAACCUACAGUACUUGGACUUGUCUUCCAACUUGUUCGUAGUUAUGGCACUCGGGAGUGAGUUUCACUCACUCAUAAAACUGAAAUGGCUUGGUUUGAGUGCCAGUAUUAUUCAGGACAACAACUUUGCAAAUAUCUCUAACCUCCAUCUCCAAACUCUUUUCAUUCAUGCUGAAAAUUUGAUGGGGUAUGAAAAUGGAAGUCUCGCGGGUGCAAAGGCAGAGAAAGUUGUUGUGCAAAUGCCCAAUAAUGCUUUUGAUCUGCCGAUAAUUGUUGAUACCCUGUCAUCAUUUAUAGAAGUAGAGCUGAAGGGGUUAUACAAUCCGGAAGACUUCCUCGGAAUACUUAUGACACACCAAGUACGGAUUCAAACGGAUAAAUUACAUCUGUCCUCCAUGUGGACUACCUGGAAGAUCAUAACAACCCUCACAAACAGGGCCUUAAUGUCAUCCAUUCACCAUUUUACUCUGUCUAAUCUUACCCUUCAUGAUAUGAUGGGACAUUACUCUGUGAUCCAAGGCUACCAUUUAGAUUCCUUUAGUAUUAGACAGGCAUCAGUGACUGUGUUCCUGUUUGAUCAACAGAGUCUAUAUGACUUCAUUAUCAGUAUACCUGCAAGAAAUCUAACUUUUGUACAGACACCAAUAGUCCAUAUGACCUGCCCAAAGCUUGUUAGUGUGAUACAGGUGCUUGAUUUAUCAGACUGUGUCCUAACUGAAAAUGUCUUCAAAAGUCGCUUUGGGGAAUGUAAUACAUUGAUCAAUCUAGAAAUAUUGGUCUUGAAAAGAAAUAAUCUUAGAAAGUUGAUGCCACUGGCUUUAAGAAUUAAAAAAAUGAGUUCGUUAAGAUGUGUGGACUUCAGCCAGAAUUCGCUGACUUAUGAGGAAACUCAAGGUGAAUGCACUUGGCCCUCGAAAAUCACCCAUUUGGAUUUAUCUUUUAAUGAGUUUGAACAGAUUGUGUUUAAGUGCUUGCCAAACACACUUAUUAAUCUCAACCUCCAGAACAACCACAUCAGUGCGAUUCCAGCAAAUAUUUCUCGUUUGGACUCUCUCAAAGUUCUUGAUCUCACAACGAAUCGUCUGCUUGACCUCCCAGACUGCUUGGGGUAUCCAAAUUUGCAACAACUUGUACUACGUGGGAACUUCAUCCACGCACCAUCUACAGAUUCUCUCAAAAACUGUUCACACUUAAACUUGAUAGAUAUCAGUUUGAAUCCCUACAUCUGUACCUGUCCUUUGAGAGAAUUCACUAAACUUAUUGAUGACAAGGGUACACUGGGUGGCUCAAGUUCUUGGAACAAACAAAGGAUCGCAAUGGCCCAUUGGCCAGAUGGAUAUCAAUGUAGUUACCCAGAACACUGGAGAAAAGCAGUGCUUCAAAAGCUCCGCCUACCCGAGGUCACCUGCAAUGCUAGACUACUGGCAGUAACCAUUUUGGUCCCGGUCAUAAGCUUGAUCAUUGCUCUAAAAAUUGUAGUCAAAAAACUCGAUGUUCUUUGGUAUAUGGGCAUGAUUUGGAAAUGGACUCAGCACCGUGCCAGAAGAUCCCAACAACAAGCAGAAGAUCUUGAAGGAAUACGCUUCCAUGCUUUUAUCUCCUAUAGCCAAAGAAAUGCCAACUGGGUUAUAGAACAACUCGUGCCCAAACUUGAAGGUGAGGACCCUACGACCCAAAAUAGAUUGAGACUGUGUCUCCAAGACAGAGACACAACCCCAGGAACUUUUAUCCAUGAAAACAUCCAACAUUGCAUAGAACAAUGUAAAUACUGCAUCUUUGUGCUGUCCCCUCACUUUGUGAAGAACGUGUGGUGUAACUAUGAGCUGUAUUUAGCAAGCCACAAGCAGAUAGAACAAGGUAAGGACAAGAUCAUCCUUAUUCUGCUAGAGCCAUUGCCAACAUAUCUUAUCUCCUCAGAUUAUCCGAAUUUAAAGAAACUAAUGGCUAGACGCACUUACUUAGAGUGGCCCCAAGACAAAGCUAAGCAGAGACUGUUUUGGGCGAACCUGCGAGUGGCCCUUCAAGCUGAUCUACCAGAUUCUGCUGAAGGAGAAUAGAAAGGAGAAAUGGAACUGGAUGGAUAAACCGCUCAUUUAGACCCAAAAGGACCCAAACAAAGUCAAUAACUGUACUGUUCACUGGUUCAGUACAAAACAGGUUUUUGCCAAGAUUUGUAUUUAAUUAAAAGUUCAUGGUGUACAACAAUUAUAUAAGAAUAACAGUUCAAAAAGUUGUUCCUUGUUUCAAAUUAAAGGCAUUUAUACAAUACA